AUGGCCCUCGAGAUACACCAACGACCAGAAGCAGCCAAUGGCCGAACUAUCUCUGAGCCGUGCUUGGCAAAGUUGGCCCUUCAGAUCGCAGCUAGUCACACUUGGAACAAGGAAACGCCGCGAGAACACCUCUAUACUGUCCACGAACUUAUCAAGGAGCGUACCUUACGGCAGCCACUAGCGGAUGCAGUCAACUCCUGGGAUGGCAACUUGACCUACCGGGAGUUAGACGAACUUUCUGAUUCGCUGGUUCCUAAACUCCACAAAGCGACGGUCAAGGCAGGGACGGUCGUGCCGAUGUGUUUCGAGAAAUCCAAGUGGACGAUUGUGGCUAUUCUGGCAGUAAUGAAAAUUGGUGCGGCCUUUCUCUUGCUUGACCCGUCGCAUCCAGCUGCUCGGCUUGAAUAUAUGAUCAAAACUGUCAAUGCGAGUGUUGUACUCUCUUCACCCCAGCAUUCUCAACAUGAAGCAUUGAAGGAGCUCAGAGGCAUCGUCGUUGAUGAGUCGAGCAUUGAUAUCGCAAACAGACAUGGUUCAGACGGGAGUUACCCCAAAGGAGAUGCUCGUGCAGCGCUGUAUGUCAUGUUCACCUCCGGCACAACGGAUGCCCCAAAGGGCUUCACCAUAGAGCACCGGGCGUUUUGCUCAAGUGCGUUAGCACGAGCGAGCAUCAUUCAGCGUGAUGAAAGGUCGCGUGUUUUCCAGUUUGCAGCCUUCACAUUUGACCCUUGCAUGGAAGACAUGUUAACAACGCUAAUGGUCGGCGGUUGCAUAUGCAUACCAAACGAGAAUCAGAGAAUUAACGACCUUGCGAAGUGCAUCAGAGACUUAGACGCCAAUUUUCUCAAUGUUACACCUGGAGUUUCGGAUCUUUUAGAACCUCAAGAGGUACCCGGUUUGAAGAUUCUCCUCUUGUCGGGGGAGUCAAUGAAAGCACGUCACAUCGAAAAAUGGUCUCCUCAUUUGCAGCUAAUCAAUGGCUACGAUCCGAGCGAAUGCUGUCUCAAAUGUGCGAUAAACCCUGGGAUGGUUCCCGGUAUGAAGCCAACUAAUAUCGGUUUCCCCGUUGGCAGCUCGCUUUGGGUCGUCAAUCCAUCGAACAUUGAAGAUAUUUUGCCAGUCGGAGAAGAAGGGGAGUUGUUGAUAGAAGGUCCCACGCUAGCCAGAGGAUACCUCCAGGAUAAUGCGACGAAAUCGUUUGUGGAAGCACCGUCUUGGCUGAAGUUGUUUCGUAAUGAUCCAGCGGCACGAAUCUAUAAGACUGGUGAUUUGGCGAUGUACCGGGAGGAUGGAAGCAUCGAUUUCAUCGGCCGAAGGGAUACUCAGGCAAAGAUCAAUGGACAACGCAUCGAGUUUGGUGAAAUCGAGUCUUUGAUAUCGAAAGUUACCAGCCAGGAAUACCAAGCUAUUGUGGAAUUCAUUCCUCUGAAGGACGAAGAACGACCGACCUUGGUUGCGUCUGUAUAUCACGCUGAAGCACCGAAAAGCACAGGUGCCCGAUCGAUAAGGGGUAAUUAUGUUGGCCGGUUCACACCAGAAUUUGCCGAAUUGGCAGCAAACUUGUCACGAGAGCUUGCGGCCUGGCUUCCUCGCUAUAUGAUUCCUUCUCUCUUUCUCCCAAUUCAAGCUGCCCCUCUGACGGUUCAUGGGAAGACAGAUCGUAGAGUCUUAAAAUGUGAGCUUUUGCAGAUUGAGAGGAAGUUAAUCAUUCCUGCCACACAAGGCGCAGACGAUGCAGCCGAGGAUUGCCUUGAUCCUCAAGAGUGGACAUUGCUACAAUUAUGGGAUGGGGCAGUGGUAGCAACUCCAUUUAAGAGCAAGCACGGAGCAGAUUCAAUUGCGCAAUUCUCAUUGUUGGAUGGAGGAGAAUUGAAGGGUGUAUUGAACAUAGCAUUGGAACAAGCAUCUCUCACUAGCUCAGAAAUCGAGGAUAUUUACCCUUGCACCCCUCUCCAAUCUUACUGGGCUGAGUACGCCUUGGCUCACCCUGGUGAGCUCCAGGCACUGUGGAUUUAUUCUGUCCCGCCAAAAAUUGAGAUAACCAAGCUACAAAACGCCUGGGAGAAAGUCAUGGCGGAGAUUCCAACUCUUGGGGCAAGGGUGAUCAAAUUACCAGGUAGGAGAUUCAUUCAGGUGAUCUCCAACGACAAGCGAGUAUGCGAAAAAUGGACGUCACUUCAGGGCUUCAUGGAGAACAAAACGCCAUUGGGUUUUCGUCUCGGGCAGCCCCUUACUAGUGCUGCAGUUAUCCUAGACUGUGAUUCGAAUCAACAAUAUUUUGGUGUAAUCUCGCACCAUUCAGCAUGGGACGGGUGGUCCAAGAAGCUCCUGUUUGCGCGUCUGGGAGAGAUAUAUCUAGCACCAGAAUCGCCGUCCCCUGAGUGGACACCGUUUACCCGUUUGAUUGAGCAGAUCCAAACCACAAGUACUGAUAGGUAUCAUGAGUUCUGGAAAACAGAGCUGUCCGGGGUAACUCAAACGGCUCUCUUUUUCCGGAAGCAAGUCGACGAGCCCGCAAGAGCUAAAUCGUACAGUUUUGAAAUCUCCUUCCCGGCGACAGAUCUAGGAAUCGAGGACAUAGUUGCGCCGACGGCUGCUCAGGUUCCCCUCCGAAUACUUAUCAAGAAGGAGCAGGCAGUCACCAGUUGGCUUGAAGGUAUUCAGAAUCAGCUCGUCAAAAGCAUCCCGUAUAUGCAUGCUGAUUGGGAUAUCUUCCGCUCACAGUUGGGUGAGGAUGUACAUCAGGCGUGGGAAUCAUCGCCUCUCCUUGUCAUACAUCCGGUGGCAAGUCGCAAGGUGGAUGAAGACUGUUUGCCCUUGGGGAUGAAGCAGGUUGAGCGGCUGUUCGCACGUAAAAUCCCAUUCACUGUUGAGUGUUAUGUGAGCUCUGAGACUAUUAAGACGGAUAUAUUCUAUGAUGAAACAAUCUUUAGUCCGUCUGUGGUGUCGGCCCUAUGUUAG